AAAACUACAAAAGCUUUUUGAGUCAAGUAAAAUGUACCAAGAGACAACAUUCUUCUCAGACAUAACAGAGCCAUUGGUUCCGAAUUUCUCGCGGCCCCUUUUCUUAUCGUCAUCCAUACAAAAUAACUCUCAAGUUCCUUCCUUUACACAGAGUCGGAGAUGUUGAAGCACUGUUUUGUGUCUCAUAACGCCAAUGAUCUGUUUUUAUCUUUCUCCAACUCCAAAGUCAAUCUUGCAAGCUGCCGAAAGAAGCCACCUCGUCUGAUCUCCUGUGCUGUCAAUGUUGGAUUCCAAGAUAUCUCCGAAGUCAUCCACAAUAAGGUACUCAUAGCUGCUGGGACAUCAGCUGCGAUUGGGCAGCUCUUAAAGCCCUUCACUUCUGUGGUUUUGUAUGGGAAAAAAUUGGAAUUUAAAAGUGUUCUUCAAGCUGGAGGUUUCCCUUCAACACAUUCAUCAUCUGUUGUGGCUGCAGCAACUGCAAUUGCUUUUGAAAGGGGAUUUGCUGACUCCAUAUUUGGUCUGACUGUGGUUUAUGCUGGCCUUAUCAUGUAUGAUGCCCAGGGGGUGAGGAGAGAAGUUGGAAAACAUGCGAAAGUGUUGAACAAACUAACAGCUAAUGGUCAGAGAAGUGAGGUGAUGAGUUUGAAAGGAAACGAAUCUAACAAGGUUUUACAAUCGGAUGAGAUCAGUGAGGACGUUUCUGCACCAUUGAAAGAAUCAAUAGGACACACUGAAGUUGAAGUCAUAGCAGGGGCUUUGUUUGGUUUCUUAGUGACCUUCAGUGUUUAUUCCCUUAUGUAAAAAAAAGCUCACAAACUUAAUUAUUUUUGAGUGUCGUUCGUUGAUAAAAGAAAGAAAGAGAGAAUUUAAUAAUGGAUUUCCAAAUUGCAAUUAAA